UGGCCCAUGCUAUAAAUAGCUAUACAUUAUUUGUCUGUUAGAAAGCUUAAAACCUGAAAGAGAUUUGCUUCAAUAAACACGUACAAACGGCAAAAUACUUUAUUAUACAGAGAAACGGCUGAUUUAGUGUUUGCAAGGCAAGUGCAUGUCACCGGUGUGUGUGUGUGUGUGUGUGUGUGUGUAGGUGAGACACUGACGCGCUGGAUCUGUUCUCGCGCUGUUCCCAGCUGCUCUGCUGCAAUGGCGAUGGUGGCGCGCUGAAGCGCGGAGUUGGUCGAGUUUCCCUUUGUUUUACGAAGCAUUCUUCAGUCAUGCACGACCAUCCAGCGCUAAAUCCGGCUUGAAGAAGGGCGUGGAUCUUACAUUUUAUCUGCGGCCCGAGCGGCUGAGCUGUAAGCAAACAGCAGCCUAUAUGCAACCGCCCCGAUACUUUUCACAUCUGCAUGCGAUAAGCGACCAGCAGCACCCGCCGCCCCUCUCUUUCCAGCAGCUGAUCUGAGCCACAGCAAGCCCUCUGGCCGGCGAGGACCUGGAGCUGUCUGACCCUGCUGGAUCAUUAUGGCAGAGCGCAGUUCCACCGGAUUACUGAUGAUGAUGCUGGACCCGUCGCCGGCGAUCGCGAUGACUCUCCCGGCGGAGGUGCGCGAGAAACUGGCGGAGCUCGAGCUGGAGCUCUCCGAGGGUGACAUCACACAGAAAGGCUAUGAAAAGAAAAGAGGGAAAUUAUUGGCGCCCUAUAUACCCCAGAUACAAGGUGUAGAUCCGUCUCUGCAGAUAGAACAUAGGAUCCAAACGUCGUCACAGGUGGCCCCUCCAGGGUCCAAACAGAACAAGCCCCGGGCGGCAAACUCAAGGGAUGAAUGCUUUAGAUCAGACCUUCAUACAGAAGCCGUACAAGCAGCCUUGGCAAAGUAUAAAGAGAGAAAGAUGCCGAUGCCCUCCAAGAGACGCUCUGUUCUAGUGCAGUCUUCAACUCAACCAUGCAACCUCCCAGACACCUCCUCUGCAUCAGAAGACGAAGGUUCGCUGCGCCGGCAGGGACGGAUCGCCUCCUCGUCUCCUUAUCAGGCACAUCCUAGCGUUGAGCACUGGUUUAACAGAGUCAUCCAGGGCUCCUCCACCUCAUCGUCCGCAUCCUCCACCUCCUCCCACCCCGGAGGAAGACCCCAUCACGCCACAAACACCACCUCUGCUUCAGCCGCAACUGUACUGGCCGACCUCAUGGCUCACACACAGCUAGACAACCACAGUGCACCCCCGGAUGUGACAGGCCUGUCGGAGCGCUCGGUGCAUGCGGAGCGUCCGCAGGUGGCAUCAGUGCGAGGGCUUCCACGCGGAUACACACACACCAGCGUCAUGGAGACCGCCGAUGGCACUGACAAGGGAGAUGGGGAGGCCAUGGAUGGCGUUCCAGUCAACAGUCGAGUGUCCUCUAAGAUUCAGCAGCUCCUAAACACUCUGAAAAGGCCAAAGAGACCUCCUUUACGAGAGUUCUUUGUUGAUGAUUUCGAGGAACUUUUGGACGUCCAGCAUCCAGAUCCAAACCAGCCGAAGCCUGAGGGUGGUGAGAUGAGACCCCUGAAUGGUGAGCCCCUGGGGGUGGUCACUAACUGGCCUCCAUCAUUACUGGCUUCUUUACAGCGCUGGGGCACCACACAACCCAAAAGCCCCUGCCUCACCUCACUGGACAACGCCAGCAAACCCAUCUACACACUAACAUAUGGGAAGUUGUGGACGCGGAGUCAGAAACUUGCCUAUACACUGCUGAACAAACUGAGCACCAGGAAUGAACCACUACUGCGACCUGGAGACAGAGUUGCACUUGUGUUCCCCAACAAUGAUCCUGUGAUGUUUAUGGUGGCGUUUUAUGGAUGCCUCUUGGCGGAGCUGGUGCCUGUGCCCAUAGAGGUGCCACUUACUCGAAAGGAUGCAGGCAGUCAGCAGGUGGGAUUUCUGUUGGGCAGCUGUGGGGUCACUCUGGCCCUGACCACUGAUGCCUGUCAGAAGGGUCUGCCCAAAGCACAGACCGGAGAAGUUGUCACUUUUAAGGGCUGGCCACGACUGCUGUGGUUUGUUACUGAUGGAAAGCAUGUUGUAAAGCCUCCUAAAGACUGGCAUCCGCCAAUAAGAGAUGCUAGCAAUGAGAUCGCAUACAUAGAGUAUAAGACCAGUAAGGAGGGCAGCACUAUGGGCAUUACGGUGUCUCACUCUGCUAUGCUGGCUCACUGUCAUGUGCUCACACAGGCCUGUGGCUACACAGAGGGUGAAAUUAUAACAAAUGUUUUGGACUUCAAACGAGAUGCUGGUCUGUGGCACGGGGUCCUCACGAGUGUGAUGAACCGAAUGCACGUGAUCAGCAUCCCAUACUCACUGAUGAAGGUCAACCCUCUCUCCUGGAUCCAGAAAGUCCACACCUAUAAAGCACGUGUAGCCGUGGUGAAAUCCAGGGAUAUGCACUGGUCACUUUUAGCCCAGCGGGAUCAGAGAGACAUCAGUCUCAGUUCUCUCCGCAUGCUCAUCGUCGCUGAUGGAGCAAACCCAUGGUCUAUAUCGUCCUGCGAUGCCUUCCUCAACGUCUUUCAGGCCCGUGGGCUGCGGCCAGAGGUGAUCUGCCCGUGUGCAAGUUCCUCUGAGGCCAUGACUGUCGCCAUCCGCAGGCCUCCAGAGAUGGGUGUUCCUCCUCCUGGUAAGGCAGUGCUGUCCAUGAGCGGUCUGAGUUAUGGAGUGAUUCGAGUAGACACAGAGGAGAAGCUCUCUGUGCUCACUGUCCAGGAUGUAGGACAGGUCAUGCCUGGAGCGCUGGUGUGUGUGAUCCGGGUAGAGGGCACACCAUACCUGUGUCGAACGGAUGAGGUUGGAGAAAUCUGUGUGAGCUCCAGCAGUACAGGAAUCUCCUACUAUGGUCUGCCAGGCAUGACCAAGAAUGUCUUUGAGACCAUUCCAGUCACAUCAUCAGGAGCUCCCAUCAGUGACAGACCCUUCACACGCACAUCUCUCCUUGGCUUCAUCGGGCCGGAUAAUCUGGUGUUUGUGGUGGGAAAGAUGGAUGGACUGAUGGUGGUGAGUGGACGGAGACAUAACGCAGAUGAUGUGGUGGCCACAGCACUGGCUGUGGAGCCCAUGAAGUUUGUUUACAGAGGAAGGAUUGCGGUUUUCUCUGUAUCGGUGCUGCAUGAUGAACGCAUUGUUGUGGUGGCAGAACAGAGACCAGACGCCUCUGAGGAGGACAGCUUCCAGUGGAUGAGUCGUGUGCUGCAGGCUAUCGACAGCAUUCAUCAGGCGGGAGUGUACUGCCUGGCUCUGGUGCCCGCUAACACACUACCCAAAGCUCCUCUGGGUGGCAUCCACAUCUCAGAGACCAAACAGCGCUUCCUGGAGGGAGCCCUGCACCCCUGCAACGUACUCAUGUGUCCUCAUACCUGCGUCACCAACCUGCCCAAACCUAGACAGAAGCAGCCGGGUACAGAGGUGGGUCCUGCUUCCAUGAUAGUCGGAAACCUAGUGGCAGGAAAGAGGAUUGCACAGGCCUGUGGGCGAGAUGUUUCACAGCUGGAGGACAAUGAUCAGUUCCUGUACAUGCAGGAUGUUCUGCAGUGGAGGGCUCAGGCCACACCAGAUCACCCUCUGUUUCUGCUGCUCAAUGCCAAGGGCACUGUGGCCAACACAGCCUCCUGUGUACAGCUGCACAAGCGGGCAGAACGUGUGGCUGUAGCUCUGAUGGAAAGAGGUCGACUUAACACUGGAGAUCAUGUAGCACUUGUUUAUCCUCCUGGUGUUGAUCUGAUUGCCACUUUCUAUGGCUGUCUGUAUGCCGGCUGUGUCCCGGUCACCGUCAGGCCUCCACACCCACAGAACUUAGCCACAACCCUGCCAACCGUUAAAAUGAUUGUUGAGGUCAGUAAGUCUGUAUGUAUUCUGACAACUCAAGCAAUAAUGAAACUACUGAAAUCCAAAGAGGCAGCGGCCGCUGUGGAUAUUAAAACAUGGCCGUUGAUACUGGACACAGAUGAUCUCCCAAGAAAGCGAAUUCCUCAGAUCUACAAACCUCCCACCCCAGAGAUGCUUGCCUACUUGGACUUCAGUGUUUCUACCACAGGAAUCCUUGCUGGGGUCAAGAUGUCCCAUGCUGCCACCAGUGCCUUGUGUCGCUCUGUUAAGCUGCAGUGUGAGCUGUACCCCUCUCGACAGAUCGCCAUCUGUCUGGACCCCUACUGUGGCCUGGGCUUUGCCCUCUGGUGUCUCUGCAGUGUGUACUCAGGCCAUCAGUCUAUUUUGGUUCCCGCUCUGGAGCUGGAGACCAAUCCGUCUCUGUGGCUUUCUGCUGUCAGUCAGUUUAAAGUACGAGUGACGUUCUGUUCGUAUUCAGUGAUGGAGAUGUGUACCAAAGGCCUGGGCUCCCAGACUGAAGCUCUGCGGUUACGGAAUGUGAAUCUGUCAUGUGUACGGACCUGUAUGGUGGUGGCUGAAGAACGUCCUCGCAUCACACUUACACAGUCCUUCUCGAAGAUCUUCAAAGACCUGGGGCUCUCCUCGCGGGCCGUCAGCACCACCUUCGGCUGCAGGGUCAAUGUGGCCAUUUGUCUUCAGGGCACCUCUGGGCCGGAUCCCACCACAGUAUAUCUAGACAUGAGGGCUCUGCGGCAUGACAGGGUUCGAUUAGUUGAGAGAGGAUCACCGCACAGUCUGCCACUGACGGAAUCUGGGAAGAUUCUGCCUGGGGUAAAGGUUAUAAUUGCUAACACAGAGACCAAAGGCCCUCUUGGAGAUUCUCAUCUGGGAGAAAUCUGGGUGAGCAGCCCCCAUAAUGCCACAGGAUACUAUACAGUUUAUGGUGAAGAGGCGUUGCAUGCUGACCACUUCAGCACCAGACUGAGCUUCGGUGACACACAGACGCUUUGGGCUCGCACUGGAUAUCUCGGUUUCCUGCGGCGCACAGAACUUACAGAUGCCAGUGGAGAGCGGCACGAUGCCUUGUACGUGGUUGGUUCUCUAGAUGAGACUCUAGAGCUGCGGGGAAUGCGCUACCAUCCCACUGAUAUUGAAACAUCUGUCAUAAGGUCACACAAGAGCAUUGCAGAGUGUGCUGUGUUCACAUGGACAAAUCUCUUGGUGGUGGUCGUGGAGCUUGAGGGGUCAGAACAGGAAGCCCUGGAUCUUGUUGCUCUGGUGACCAACGUGGUUCUGGAAGAGCACUAUCUCAUAGUGGGGGUCGUUGUGGUGGUGGAUCCUGGAGUCAUUCCUAUCAACUCCAGGGGAGAAAGACAGCGCAUGCACUUGCGGGACGGCUUCCUCGCCGACCAGCUGGACCCUAUAUAUGUGGCCUACAACAUGUGAGAAUGUGUAACAUGGAGGAGGAACCAGAUGCCAGGAAUAUCUGCAUAUGCAAAUUUUCAAAGGAAGUGUUAGGGGGAAGUUCGGACAGGCUUGCCUCUUCCUCCACAAACAUUAAGAGUCCUUGAUGGAGCUAUGCAGUUUAUUUUUUAUAUCAAACUGUCAGAAUGCCUUGCACAUAAAACUCUUGAUUUAGUGGUCAGGGCAAAUGACUUGAUUUCAUCUCCUGUUUUCUUGUGUGACACAAUUAUGAGUUCAGUUUUUAUUCAAGCACACUUGUCCUGCACAUACAACACAUGCGUGAUGAAUGUUCCCUGUGUGUGAGGAGGACUGGCCCAAAAG